GACAGUAAUGUAAACAAACAAACGAAUCCGGAAUCCCUAAGAUAAAACUAUUAUUACCAUGGAUGUGGAAGCUAAAAUAAAAGAAGACAUGAAAGCCCUUGGCUGCACUAGUGAACAAAAAAUCUCUCUAGCACUUUAUUUAUACGUAACUUUAGUGGAUGAUCGACUUAUGUACGAUACCGAAUAUUGUUACAAUACAGACAUAGAUACGCUUUACAUUGUUGCGAGGCCAAAUAAAUUGCAUAAAGUGAAUAUAUAUGUACCAAUUCCAUCAAAUUUUGACCUAUCAUUUGAUUACAUAGGUAAGCUACAAGAAAACUUAUGUACCGUGGAGACAGGCCCUUCUAUAAACCUUGCUAUCUUUGAAGAGGACUUUACCAUGAAUAUUUACACAUUUACAAAAAAUUUGGAACCUCGUCAAAGCGACGAAAAAGCAACACAGUUGAAAUUGAAAGAGGAGCGACGCACCUUUAUUAAUGGCGAAUUAAAGAAACACAAAGAAAGUAUUUUAAAUGAUGCGCUUAAUGGUGGCUUUGUUGAUGAUGAUGAUUGUGAAAUUGUAGGCUGAAUUCUUACAUCUCAAGAUUAGACAUUUGAAAAUAUUAAUGAAAGAAGUUAAAUUAAUUGUAAAUUUACAUUUACUACCAGUUCACAAGUCAAGGGCGUAGAGCAGGUAAGUAGAACUGGCAAGAAACUGUCUGCCACUCAUUUUACUGUUGGAACUGGUUAGAGUGAAAAAUUACAAUUUCAAUAAGUAUAUUUAAAGGUACAGUUUCAUAUAUUAUUAUUGAUUAUUUUUAAUUAUAAAAAUGAUAAUUUUAUUGCUUUUCACUUUAAAAGCUGUACAGGACUACUAUCUUAGUAUGAAAUGAAAAUAUUAAUUUA